UUUGAGGAUUGGACGAGAAGGACCUCCGCCAAAAGCCCAGCGCUGAGACGCCGCCUUUCCGCGCAUCCUCAAGCUCUCGCAGCGCGAAUUGGUUUUCCUCCUGUCGUCCCUUUCCGCUCAUCGUCUCUUUCUUUCUGGGUGCUGGAAACUAGAUGUUGCAAACGACGCUUGCAAUAGAUUUUUUUUUUUAAUGCAAUGGGUUUUUGCAAUCUUGAAACUUAAGAGAACUCUUUUGCAUUCUUCUCCCCGCCGCCAACCCCCUGUAUAUACACCAGCUUUUCUCCUGUCUUCAGAAAUGAAAGGGGACACAGGCACCUGCAUUGAUUUACAAUGGCUGAAUACAGAAGAAUCACUGUCUUUGUACAAAGACCUUUGUGGCAAAGUGGUGGUGUUAGAUUUCUUCACUUACUGUUGCAUCAAUUGUAUUCACAUACUGCCUGAUCUCCAUGAGUUAGAGCAGAAGUACUCUGUGAAAGAUGGUCUCCUUGUGGUUGGUGUCCAUUCGGCAAAAUUUCCAAAUGAAAAGGUUCUGGAUAACAUCAAAAGUGCUGUCCUUAGAUACAAUAUCACUCAUCCUGUGGUAAAUGAUGCUGAUGCAACUCUUUGGCAUGAGCUAGAAGUAUCCUGCUGGCCAACCUUGAUCAUUGUUGGACCUCGUGGGAAUAUGCUGUUCACUCUGGUUGGUGAAGGACACAAGGACAAAUUAUUUCUAUUUACAUCCAUAGCCCUAAAGUAUUAUAGAGAACAAGGACAAAUCAAUGCUAAUAAAAUUAGAGCACAGCUCUAUAGAGACUAUUUGCCACCUUCGCCUUUGCUCUUUCCCGGCAAAAUUACAGUGGACAACUCUGGGGACAGAUUGGUAAUAGCAGAUACUGGACAUCACAGGAUUGUGGUUGUCAGGAAAAACGGUCAAAUUCUGCACACUGUUGGAGGACCAAACAGUGGAAGAAAAGAUGGGACAUUUUCAGAAGCAUUAUUCAGUUCUCCACAGGGAGUGGCUAUAAAGAACAAUAUUAUUUAUGUAGCAGAUACAGAAAACCAUCUGAUUAGGAAGAUUGACCUCCAGUUAGAGAUGGUGAGCACUGUUGCAGGAGUUGGAUUACAAGGCACAGAUAAGGAAGGAGGAGCCAGAGGGGAGGAACAGCCUAUUAGUUCGCCAUGGGAUGUAGUCUUUGGAACGUCAGUUUCAUCAACUCAUGAAGAUGAUGUUCUGUGGAUUGCCAUGGCAGGAACACAUCAGAUCUGGGCACUCAUGUUAGAAUGUGGAAAACUACCGAAAGGAAGUGACUUGAAAAAAGGAACCUGCCUUCGGUUUGCUGGGAGUGGAAAUGAAGAGAACCGAAAUAAUGCAUAUCCCCAUAAAGCAGGCUUUGCCCAGCCUUCUGGUCUGACUGUUGCUGCUGAAGAGCCUUGGAACUACCUUUUUGUAGCAGACAGUGAAAGCAGCACUCUGCGCACCAUUUCUCUGAAAGAUGGAGCUGUGAAACACCUUGUAGGAGGAGAAAGAGACCCAAUGAAUUUAUUUGCCUUCGGUGAUAUUGAUGGAGCUGGAAUAAAUGCAAAGCUACAGCAUCCCUUAGGAGUAACCUGGGACAAGAAAAGAAAUCUCCUUUAUGUUGCAGAUUCCUAUAAUCAUAAGAUUAAAUUUGUAGAUCCCAAGAUGAAGAAUUGUGCUACAUUGGCAGGUACAGGAGAAGCAAGCAAUGUCAUCGGUUCCAGCUUCACUUCCUCAACUUUCAAUGAACCCGGAGGCCUGUGUGUUGAAGACGGAGGUCGUUUGCUCUAUGUUGCAGACACAAACAAUCAUCAGAUUAAAGUGCUAGAUUUAGAAACCAAAAUUGUUUCACUGCUACCUCUCCAGAAUGCCAACACCGGAGACAUUCAGGAUGGUCCAUCUGUGCAAAAGACUGAUAAGACAAAAUUACCAAAGCUGCCUAAAUCUGCUCCAAAUCUUCAGCUACCUUCACUGACUGUGAGCCAUGGCCAGGCACUUCAAUUUGCACUGAAACUCAGCCUUCCUCCAAAUACCAAGCUGGCUGAAGAAGCGCCCAGUUCAUGGUUUCUCACAUCAGAAGGCAGUGAAUGGCUGCUUCAUGAACAGGACACAUACGGAGAAAUUGAGGACAUUUGUAAACAGCCUAUAAUCCCAUUGCGAAUACCCAUGAACUGCCUAUCAUCUGAAGUUGUACUGUCAAUCAAAGUGUGCCUCUAUUACUGUAGCAAGGACAGCAGUGCCUGCAUGAUGAAAGGAGUCUCAUUCAACCAGACUUUCCACAUAGCUAAUUCAAGCCAAGGUAGAACAUCUCUGAUUGAGCUUAUAUAUGCAUUUUAACUAAGCCAAAGCAAACGAAAAAGCACUUAUUUAUGUUUUAUUUACUACUGCCUACUUUUAAAACAGGAAUAAAUUGUUUGUUGAUUUGCGAUUUUCCCCUUCCCCCACCUUUUCACUUCUGGUCUUCCAGCAGAGUGUAACAAAUUUAGACAUGUAGUUUGGUGCCAAGUUCACCUAGAAAGCUUGUGGGAAAUAACUCUGAUAAGUGUGAUCAGAUGAAGUAGAAAUACAUUGUGCUGAAUCAUGCAAAGUGUAAUAAAAUUCUAGUCCUUUAUUUCUUGCAGCAUAAGCAAUAAAUGCAGAAGUGGGUUUGGGUCAUUGUGUGAAUAACGAUAAUCUUAAAAAAGAUCCCAAUACUGUAAUAUCGUUUAAGAAAUUUGCUAUGAAGUAUGGUCAAAUUCAUUUGGGGCUAAAUAAAAGCCUAAGUGUAUUUUUCUCCCGGAAUAAAUGGUUGAAAUGUGGAUAUAUAUUUUUCUUGAUUAAAAACACUAUAUUUCCCCCAUAAUAUUUUGUAUUUAAGGAACUGGUGUAUUCUGAAAUGAUCCUAAAGUGAGCUAGGCUUAUUUUUUAUGCAAAUAAGCUCAUUUAUAUAAAAGUAACUUAUGCCUUAUGUUUUCUGGAUAACAAUUUAUGAGAGGUCCAUGUUUGUUUUCUAUUACCUAUCUACUUAGCAGUGGCAUUCUGUAUUUUUUUCGCUAACUGCCAUGUCUUUUCACAUAUAAUGGUGAAAACUUCAGUAUUUAAUUAUUUUAGGCUAAAGUUAUUAUUUCCUAAUAUUAAGAUUUCUUGUUCAGAUUUUUGGCAGUGCUGUGUUAAAACCAAUGGACAUUAACCACACUUUGUAUCUAUGCCAGACUUUAUUCAAAGCUAUGUUCAUUUUUCCUUAGCACCAUAAUGCUUUACAAAAGGCAUUUCAGUUUUGAUAGCAUCACUUAGAUUUAUAUGUUACUUUGAAAGUCUUGGGGCAUCAUUAUCAUUGAUUUUUAAAUGAUACUCAAGUUCUUCCAAGAGGCCAUUAAAAUCAUUGUUCACCAAAAUUACUAGUUGCUGGAGUCUAUGAUGGAUUUAACACAAAGCUCAGUGGAAGUAAAUCAAUAAUCUUUGCAUUUGGUUGCCACCAGCCUUACAUAAAGAAAGAAAAGCAAAAAUGUUAAACCCGAAUAAACACAAUUGUAAAAAGCUUUUCAAAAUAAGCAUCUGAUCUAUGUUUGAAGAGACAGAUCUGGAUACAAAUAUGCCCAUGAUGUGCACUGAAGUGGUAUAUCUUCCUGUGCAAAAGCUAUGAAAAAUCACAUUUAAGAUACUUGGAGCAGCAUGUUAAUUGUAAUGACCAUUCUUCUGAACUACUUUACAGCUUCACCAACACUCGGAGGUUAAAUGGCUAGAAUACUGGUCUGAGACUUUUACUGCUCUAAAACUAUCUUAAGAUGUUGCUGAAGAAUUGUCUAAUGUUUGUGUUUGAAGGGGAAACCAUAUGGUGUGGUAUGGCUUUUUUUCCUCUUCACAAUCACUUGCCAGCAUAGCAGAGAGUUAAAAGGUCACUCUAAUACCAAAAAUAACAGUAUUCCUUCCAGCACUGUCUAAAAAUUGAAUAGUUCAGCAGCCUUCCUGGCCUAUCAUUCAGGCCAGGUUUCGGAACUCUUAAGUAAGUUCGUGCAUGUGACAAAAAAAUAAUAGAUACAGAAUUUUAUUUGCUUUUUGAAAGCUUUUUUUAUACAGAGAGAAAAAUGCUCUAUUCCCGAGUGACAAGACAAGGGCAAGUGAUUAGUAACUCAUUUUUUUUAAUAAUGUAAAUUGUUCCUGCCUUUUUACAAUGCUCUUUUUAAUUCUUUGUUGGCUAAAAUCCAGGAACCAGUUCACACGUUUUCAAUCACUAGGUUUAAAAAAGAUUUCUGUUUUUCAAAGAACUCUCCACUAAGUCAAACUGUUCUCUUAGCUCAGGAAAUUAAUGGGCUCUGUCCAUUCCCAGUGGACAGGAUACUAAAAAUAUUGAUUUAAGCAAUGCUGUGUACCUGCAAAGAAGUUUUUGUUGGCUAUCAGUGGAAUUAGUAUUAUUGAAAUGCAACAUAUGUGCACUGCAGUAUUUAAAAUCUAGACUUGAAUUUUUGUUUAAUCUCUCGGUAUCUAUUUUAUAUACAUCUAUGUUUAGGGACUAACAAGCUGCACUGGAGCUUUUUAAAUGUCUUUGCUGUUUUAUAAACUUUUUCAAACCGAGAGGCUAAUAUAGGUUAACAGCCAGACGUCCUAGUAUAUGAUUAUGAGUACAUGCUCAUAGAAUUCUAAUCUUCUUAUUCAAACCUUUUUUUAAAAAAAAAAGUUAUUAGUAGAAUCUAAAAAUAACUUUCUUCUGGACUCAAUGUUAGUUUGCCUCUUUUUUAUGAGUAAAGGUGAAUUUAUUGCUUUUGUGUAAAAGCCAUUAAGGGUAGGUGAUAAUUUGCCAGUUCCUUUCUACAAAAAGGCCAAAUGUUGCAUUAUCUUCUUAAGUUUACUUAUAUUUAUUUUACUGCAUUUGAUUGGAGACUUAGUUUAUAGUGUGGAAAAUAAUUUUAGAUUAGUGGUAUAGAAUGGAUUCAGAGUAUAAUUUAGUAGUUAUUAAUAUUAAGUUAAUACAUUUAUAUCUAGCCCUGCUUCCAUCAUAUAACUCAAGAUGGGAUACAUGUGGUUUCCUAGCGACCUUUACAUAAGCAUUCCGGACUUGUUGAGUUGUAGCAAGGUGGCUGCAUCGCUAACACUUUUGAAAAAACAGUUUAAGCAGGCCACUUUAAGUAGUCACUAAAGUGAUUCCUUCUGGAUUUGAUUACAACUCAAAUCAUUUCUGACCUUCAUCAAUGUUGGCUGGGGCUGAUGGGAGUUGGAAGUCCAACAGCAGCUGGAAGGCACUACAUUGGCUAUUCCUAAACCAGACAUCAGGGUACUAUGCUAUACAUGUCUUUUCAGAAGUAAGUUCAACGGAGAUAUUCCAAGGUAAGUAAAUAUAGGAUUUCAGCCUUCAUACCAUUCCCCCACAUUGCAAAACCAGCUAUAUUUUUCAACCACUUUCUUUCUGAUCAAUUAGCUUUCAGCAUUGACCUUGCAGUUGUUGUGGUUUAAACAUUUUCAAAGGCUGGCAGUCAUUUGUCAAAUCUUAGAAAAGUAAGGACUCCAGUUUGGAAUGUUUGUGUAAGUGUAGUUUAUUGAUUAUUUCAUUUACCUCUUUUGAUGGCAUACCGAUUUUAAACAUGUCAGAAUGAUUGUCCAGCGAAAAGCCCUAGAGCAAAAGGGGGGGGGAUUUUUCCCAAAUUGUAUCUACCUACCACACUGAUAGUUAUAAGUAAAGAAGUAAAAAAACGGCAGUACACUUGUACAAAUAUUCUGUCAACUUCAGAACAUUACACUGAAACAAAAUCAAUAGAAUGUGUGUUGCUGAGCUGUUAUCCCCACCCUCCUAUUUUAGCUUCUCCUUGACAUGAAACUGAAUAAACAGGUUCAUGUUGGCCUGGUUCAGACAUCACGGCGUACCAUAGCUUAAUGUGAUGAGAAUGAACCACAGUGAGCCCCAGAAUCACAUAUAUCCCUCCUCUUCUGUAGUGGCCAUGAGCAGGAAUUCAGAAGCUUUUGCUUCUGGCUGAGAUUAACUGCAACUUGUUUUGAUAUCCAAACCUGAUAAAGUGUUGUUAAUGCUAAUAACAACCUAACUUAAAACCAUAGUUUAUGAAGCUGGCUGGCUUAAGCAAACAAUAGUUUACAUUAAGCAGAUUUAUGGUUUGGACAACCUGCUACACUAUCUGAUUGGAAAUAGAAGCUUUUGAUCUCAUGAUCAUGCUGGAGAUUAUGGGGAGCACAUGAACCUGAGGCUCACUGCAGGUUGUUCACCUUAUGCUAAACUUAACCAAAAAGCAACUAUGCAGGUGCUUUAAAAAUGCCACUGAUCACUUAAGCUGUUUUUCACUUUGGGACAUCCUAUUUGUGUGUGUUUUCUGUUUAUAUCUCUAUAAUUUGCAUUUGUUAACAGAGUAGACUCGAAGUAUAGUUUGUUUUAUUAAAAGACAUUUAAACUCUUUCAAGGCACCUGGACUUUGUCAGAUAAAUGACAUAAAAUGAAAAUAAAGUUUUGAUGCUACAGAAGAGGAAGUAAAAUUGAUAGCUUUCCUUUAACUUACUUAACUUUCCAUUAAACUAGAGUAAGCUGAAUCAAAAUAAACUGGCUGAGGUCCUUAAUUAAGAUAGGUCUGGAGCUGAUUUUGUUUUUGUGUUUUACUAGCAUAUGCAUUAGCAGAAAAUCUCAAAUUGAAAGUCAUAUUCCAGAAGGCAGAAAAUUAUGUAAGAUGAAGGGGGAAAAUAUGAUUUAACCUCAGAGUGAACAUCUUGAACUGUUGUUUUACUGUAAUUGAUUUGUUUGGUGUGCUCCUGCUUUUUCAUGAUUAUUCUGAUGCACAAGAAGAUAUUCUUAUAGUGACUUAAUAACAAGCAUAAUGUGUGUUUGAGCUAAUGCAGUUUAAUUCUGUAUGUGAUAUAAUGCAAUUAAAGGGCUUUUAACAUCCCA